AUGGCUUCUUCGGCCAGCGCAGCCCCAAGUACAGAGGACAACUGCCGCAGGAAGCCCCGCCUCGCAGCCUCGCUACAGAUCAGUCCCUGGAAGCCCUCGGCCAGUGUGGGCCAAGAGCCCUGGGAGCCGGUGUCCACCCCAAGAGCGGAGGACCGCGGCGGGAAGGCGCAGCCUCAGGCUUUGGCGGCGGGGGAUGGGCUGUUGGGAGACUUCCAGGAGGGGGAGGACAAGAAAGAGGAGAAAGAAGGCCGAGGGCAGAGCCUGCAACUCAGAGACCCACCCCCGGGCCAGGCGGAAGCCUUGCUGGUGCAGUAUGCUGCCAGUCUGGGUGUCUCCCUGAUCUUCCGGGAGGACCAGAUGACAGACCCUGCCUUCCCGUUCUCUGUGUAUGCUGAACUGGAUGGGGUCAUCUGCCCCACGGGCACAGCCAACAGCAAGAUAGAAGCCAAGCAGAAGGCUGCUCUCUCUGCCCUCUGCUACGUCAGGAGUCAGCUAGAGAGCCCAGAGCCUCUGCAGACCCCCAACAGGCCUCCAGCCACCUCCCAGAGUGUAGAGAACAUCCUGACCCAUGAGCAGCGCUGUGCGGCCGUGGUCAGUGCUGGUUUUGACCGCCUGGUGGAGGAGAACUCACCAUACCGGGCCUGCAAGGGCACCGUGGCCGCUGUCAUCCUGGAGCGAGAGGUCCCCGGUGCCAAGGGCCAUGCCAAAGAGAUCUACGAGCUGGUGGCACUGGGUACAGGCAGCAGCAGCUGUGCGGGCCGGCUGGCAUUCUCGGGCCGGCAGCUCCACGACUGCCAUGCCCUGGUGGUGGCCCGGCGGGCCCUGCUGAGGUUCUUGUUCAGGCAGCUUCUGCUGGCCACGCAGGGCGGCCCCAAGGGCAAGGAGCGGUCCGUGCUGGCCCCCCAGCCUGGGCCCGGACCCCCCUUUGCCCUCAAGCCUCGGAUCUUCCUGCACCUCUACAUCAGCAAUACGCCCAAGGGAGCCGCCCACGACAUCUGGUAUGCCUUGUCCUUGGAGGACGGCGGCCAGCAGAGUCCCGCUUUGCGCCUGCAGGCGCACGUGCUCGGGGAGCUGAAGCCUGUGUGCUACCUGGCCCCGGCGUUGCUGCACACCCACGUGGGCUGCCUGUCGGCCAGUGACAAGCUGGCACGUUGGGCUGUCCUGGGGCUGGGCGGUGCCCUGCUGGCCCACUUCCUGCCGCCCCUCUACGCCACCAGCCUGGUCCUAGCUGACCCCUGCCACGAUCCCCCGACUCUGGACAGGGCCAUCCACACUCGGCCCACCCUAGACAGGGUGCCAGGGCCGGGCCUGCCCCCUCCCUACAGCCGCACCACGCUGCACCUGUUUACGGGGCCCCUGGUGGCUCCCUCUGAUCCCAUCCCCAGCACCUGCCAAAGCCUGAGCCUCAACUGGAGCCUGGGGGACUCUGAUGUCGAGGUUGUGGAUGUGGCCACUGGGCGUGUGAAGGACGAUGGGGCCCCUGGGCCACCCUCCCGCCUCUGCAAAGCGGCCUUUCUCCGGGCUUUCCGCCAGGCCGCCCAGGCUCUUGGGAAGUCCCACCUCCUAGCCCUGAGCACCUACGAGGCGGCCAAGGCUGGGCCCUACCAGGAUGCCCGCCAGCAGCUAUCUCUCCUCCUGGACCAGCAGGGCCUGGGAGCUUGGCCUUCCAAGUCGUUGGUGGGCAAAUUCAGAAAUUGA